UUGGGAGAGAGAGGGCAGGAAAAAGACCUAAAGGUGUGUUCCUUCAACACCUCCCUCUUGACAGUUGAGCCCUGCUUUUACCAUGGUCAAGUGUCCCAGGGRACCAAGUUACAGGGUGAAUCAAACUCUAUAUUUAGGAAGAACAACUGGAAGCUAUGACAGGAAUUCCCUUUUACACUUYGCUUCUCUGCUGAGUCCCUCUCCAGCCUGGAGCAGCACUCAGUGCCGUCCAGGCUGAAAGCAUCGGAGCAAUUUCAGACAGAUCCAAAGGGUCACAGUCARUACCUCAGCUGGUAGAAGAAGGUACCUCUUUCAGCAUCAAAAGGAGGGAUAAGCCUCUGUCUUAAAAAUGUCACAACAACCAGCAUCACAUGUCAAAGCCAUUCAGGCUAACAUUAACAUCCCAAUGGGAGCGUUUCGACCUGGUGCGGGUCACCCUCAUAAAAGAAAAGAAUUUGCACCUGAAGAAGUAGAGGAGAAUGUUCCUGCUUCAACGGAGGAGGAGAAAGAGAAAAAACGCAUCCCAGGAGCUAAGAAACUUCCAGGUCCUGCUGUCAACUUGUCAGAGAUCCAGAACAUAAAGAGUGAGCUGAAAUAUGUCCCCAAAGCUGAACAGUAGCUGCAAGAAGCAGAGAAGCAGAGGAGUUAAGCUGAGCAGAAGAAAAUAAUCUGGAAUUUACUGUAGAGAAACACGAAUGAAGAACAGAGGAAAACAGAAAGCAAUUCAAAAAGGUUCUGGGAAUGCAAAAGUGCUAAGGACCAGAAAUCUUAAAAGAAAUGGUGAAUAAUUUGAGUGAAUUGGCCUAGUGCACACUGCAUCAUUAACUUAUUUUUUAUGUGCAGAAUAAAUAGGCCAUUUGGAAGGAAAGAGUGUUUAGUUUUUUCUUGCUUUUACCCUGCUGUGUCAUAAUGUUCCUGAUAUUUUAAAGAAGCAACAGAGACUUUCUCUGCAGGAAACUUGGGGGCAAAAAGCUCAACAUUUUGUAAAAUGUAACAUUUUAGUCAUUGCACUUAAGCACUGCCUAGAGAAAUAUGUAUUUUUAAUAUGAGGCUUUAAAGAGUUUUUUUUUCUUGUUUGUAAGAAGAUAUUUCAACAUAAAUUUAACCUUCAGAUGACUGUUAUUUUCAACAUUUAAAAGUUUUUUAGUAAUUAGCUUACUGAGAAUCUGACAGAAACAUUCAGGCAUGCACAGAUGUUCACUCUAAAGAAAAGUUYUUUUACAGAAAAGUCAGCAAAGGACAUUUUGAAAGCAGUGAGAUUAUUAAGAAAAAAUUUCUGUCUCCAUCCUUCAUUUGAUAUAUUGGUUAUCAAGUUCUGACAGUGAUGCAGAUUUCUAGAUUUUGGGUAGUGCAGUCAUGGGUCAUAUCUGAAAACCGAAUUUCUACAAAAGUUGCAGGGACAAUACUCACAGGAGCCCAAAAUUUGGGUCUGGAUGCUGUGCAGAACUGAGCACGUGCAUGAAUUCCACAUAAAAUUGAGAUUAAAUCAAUCACCUGCCACAUCCAGCAGCCUUGAAUGAUAAUAAAUCUAAAAACUGUCCCCUGUAAGAGGGCAUUCAUCAGUUCUGGUGUUUUAGUCAUGACCUGCAGCCUUUUAUAAAAUGUGAUAUGGUCAGAGAACUGUUUCAUAUAAUGCAAAUCCAGUGAAGAUUAUCUGAAUUUGCAAGAAAUUCUCUCACAUUUGCCUGAUAUUUUGCUCCAUCUACACAUCCUUUGGAUGUGAUGCUCUCAAAAGAAUGGGGAGCUGAUUGGUCAAUAAUGUGUAUUGAUAGAUGAGGUUGUUCUUUGGUUUUUGCAGUUUGAAAAUGAAUUCUCUCUUACAUCAGUUCUGAAAUCUUCUCAGAUACUCACUAUUUAGGGAUUUCCUUUUGAUAUUAUUUUUAUAUUUCUUGUGGUACUCUGUAUGGAAUACCUACUUGAAGUGGUUAGAAUAACUCCAAAUACUCUGUGUAAUUUCCRUUAUUCUGUGAUCCUAUAAUAUGAUACAAUAAAAAAUAUCAAAAGUACACUUUCACAUGUCACAAAUAUCAAUGCUUUUACAACCACACCAGUUAUUUCCAACUUUGCCUUCUASUAUUGUCAUAUUUCAUGGUUGGUUUCAGUAAAUUGCAAGCCAGCAUGAUUAAUUUUGUUUUAAUUUUGUUUUCUUGCUCAGUUUAACAGCAGGCAAAGCCAACAGCAAAAAGUAUGAAACUGGCAAAACACUGGGUUGGUUCAUUAUUUGCAAACCCAUACCUACAUAAUUUGUACUUUGGAGUAACUUCUGUUCAAUAUCUUUGGUCUUCCUCUUUGCCAAAUUAGGGAACAGGAAUAGACUCAUUAAGAUCAUAGCUGUGAGUACAACARUUUGUGGGAGGAAUUUAAUUUGGGAGAUGUCAUGAAGCUGCAGCCACUGAAGGUCAUGGAGUGCUCCUCAGUUAAAAUAUUCCUGUAGUCAUCCCCUGAUGGGGAUCUGCUCUAUCAUCUAUAAUUAGCUAAUUAACAUACUCUACUUUGUCAUAAAGAUUUUUUUUC